UAAAAACUAAGUAAGCUGCGCGAUGGCAGGGUCGGAUUACAUAAGACGCCAACCAAACUAAACCAAGCAACCAGCUACCUACCCACCUAUCAUGGAAUCUAGCGUGUUGUUCAAGAGCCCAGAUGGCAACGCAAUCGUCAUCGACAUACCGCGUUCUCUAGAGGAAGCACAGGUGUUACCAGGGCAAGACAUCACACGGCGCAUCGUCUCAGCCCACCCCAGAGACACACCAUGGCAGGUCCCGGAGCCAAAGAAAGACACGACACAAUACGUGUCGCCCUCUGCGGCAAUCGCCGAGCUGAUGACUCUAGAGAGCGUCAAAGCCGCUCUUGACGCGGUGAAAGCCAGUUACGAUGGGCCGUGGUGUCUGCCGCGGAAGCAAACCGGUGAUGUCGAGCCGGUCCGCGCAGAUGUACAUGCUGAUGUCUCCCGGAAGAGGAAACGCGAGCUACCAUCACAUCCGUUAGACCAGAGCGAUGAGACAGGGCCGUAUAUUCCGGAAAGGUCGCACCACCUACUAGGUACCGUAGAGUCUCGGCGCGACACAUUCCUCCAGAACGCGCCGCAGUUCGAUCUCAUCGUGCUCGAUCCGCCCUGGCCCAGCCGCUCCGUAAAAAGGAAGUCAAAUAGCUACGGCAUUGUAAAAAACAUGGAUGAAGCCCGAGGGCUCCUAGAACAAAUCCCCAUAGCGGCGCAUUUAAAGCGAGAUGGGCUCGUGGCCAUCUGGAUAACCAACAAAGCUGCUGUUACAGACCUCCUCACAUCACCCGGUGGGAUUCUGGCACAAUGGGGUCUCGAGCCCGUCGGCGAGUGGAUCUGGCUGAAGAUCACGAGCACCGGAGAGCCAAUCUCGGAUGUCGAGUCGGCCUGGCGGAAGCCGUGGGAGCGACUGCUUAUAGCGCGGAGGACGGGUAGUCAGAUCUCACUGCCUACGAGUCGGAGGGUGAUGAUGGGCGUACCCGACAUCCACUCGAGGAAACCUAAUCUUCGGGGUCUGUUCGAAGACAUUCUACCGAAGGAAAAUGUAGGUCUUGAAGUGUUCGCGAGGAAUCUGACGGCGGGCUGGUGGAGCUGGGGAAACGAGGUCUUGUUCUUCCAGCGGGGACAUCAUUGGGUUGAAGUAGACGAUGGGCGAGAUCCCCUUGAAGACGAGAGAGAUGGUGAUUAGAUAGAGUCGAAUACAAUGUCAAAUCCUCACAACCUCUCUCGUUAGCUGUACUCUCGUUUUGUAUGCUCUCUUAUUCACAGACCCCUCCAAAUUACGAACCGCAUCCAUG